AUGGAAGGCACAGACAUUGCUAUCUGUUUUGUCAACGCUUUAUCCAGCAUAAUAUCAAUUAUUACCAACGCAAUGGUCUUCGUCGCCAUUCUCAAAACACCAUCUCUUCACACACCGACCAACGUUCUUCUCUGCAGUCUUGCUGCUUCAGACUUUGCGGUUGGUUUCAUCGUACAACCGACAUUCAUAGCCGUAAUGCUGUAUGAAUAUCAGGCCCCAGUUCAUGAAUUCUUCAAAUACUGCUUUCUAUUUUUUGUCCUCGUUUCUUUGUCGACUGUCAUGUUGAUCACAUUGGACCGUUUCAUUGCCUUGCAUUGGCAUCUAAGGUACCAAAGCAAAGUGACUGUCAAACGUGCUGCCGUYGCAUUGACCAUUGUUUGGCUCUUGUGUUUUCCGUCGACAUUUAUAUACUAUGAAGCUGGUGGGAGAGACAUGAGAUUUCGCAUGGUCAUAACGUGCGUCACGGGCAUUUUAGCCACAAUUUUAUUUUGCCAUUACAAGACUUUCAAGAUAAUUCGACACCACCGUCGUCAGAUUGUGGCACAGCGCCUGGCGUUUAMUUUUCCAACGGCAAGGCAAGGUAGAUCCAUCACUACAGUUUGGUAUCUCCAAGGCUUAUUCAUCAUCUGCAAUGUCCCCUUUGUUUGGUCUAAGAUCGCUUCUCUGUACAUUUUCCGUGGAAAACCAUUCUUGCGCCUAAUGAGAAACACUUGCCUUACGUUUUUAUUCUUUAAUUCAACUUUGAAUCCGUUUCUGUACGGCUAUAGGUCCAAAGACAUUCGAAAGGUGAUUCUUGAUGYAACAAAAUGGUGUAGUAGAACAAAUGCGAUAACUUCUUUUUCAUUACAAAAAGUAUCAAACUCAAAGCAAGGCAAGUAA